AACAGCUCGCGUCAGUCGUAGUCGGGAAGAGCGCGCGCGCACACGCCGCCACGCCGCGCUUAUAGGUUAGAAUUGGCGCGUCCCGCGGCCGCCAGGUGCGAUCCUUGCCCGCUCUAACGCACCGCCCGCCGUUUGUAUCCUCCCUCUCGCACGCUACCUGCGGACAGCUGUUUUCUCUCGGGAGAUUAGUCAGAUGUUUCUCGCUAACCAGUCAGUGCUCACCUGACGCGCGCUACGGUUAUGGCGGCCGGAGGACGUACACCCAAGCAGAGGAGGUUCGAGAUGUCGGCGGGAAUGGCGCUGAGGACGUCCAACACUCCCAGGAGGAGGCGUGGGAGCUGCAAGUGUUUGUUCGGUGCUCCCGACCGGGACGAGACGAGGCGGCUAAUGGCUGAGCAGUACGCCAGAGAGAGGAAGCGCUUCAUCAGACGCUUCAAUUUCGACAUUGAGACAGAAUGCACUUACAAAUCUGCAAAGAUGGACUCUCCAGUCAAGUUUUGUGAAGAGAAUAAGGAGAACGCGGAAAGUCCUGUGAGGAUGGCGACGGACGCGUUAGCUUGCGUUAGUAAUACCGACUUGAGGGUCUUGGGAUCUCCAUCACGAAGAAGUGCUGGUAGUUCUGCAAGCUCGCCCCGCACCCCGCGCACCCCCAGAACGCCGCGGGCCGCACGCACCCCUCGCACGCCCCGCACCCCUGCCUCCAGAAGACAGCUGCAAAUGACAGACUACUGGACAUUAAGAAAACACGCGGAUGGAGCGUCGAGUGACAAAGAAAAUUAAAAGCUACAGAAAUUAUAAGUUAACUAAUUUUUAACCUAGCUUUAGACGACUAAAAGUUCAACCUUAUGUAAAAAGCAUGCGUUUUUAUAAAUUAUUAUUAAAAUAUAAAACAAUUUUAUUUGUAUUUAUAUUAUAUAAAUAAAUAAUUACUUAGCAAUCUUUUUAGGUGCCCAAGUGUUCCUAUGAAAGCUUAACUUUUUAAAUCGUGACUUUUCAAAUUAAAUUAAAAUAUUUAGAAAGUAAUUUUAAUGUUUUGGAUUUGUAAUACUUUUGGAUAAGUAGAGGCUAAAAUGAAAAAUGUAUUUGAAUGGGUCCAAAGAAACCCCAAUUUGGUAAAAAUAUCUGUUUACAAUAUUCAACUACUUAACACAAAAUAAUGAGUUUUCUAACAAAAAAACCAGUUGCUUAUAUGUAUAAAGUUCUUGUUCAUGAAAUUAAAACAUCCAGAUACUAUUUCGUCCCAACCAAUGUAAUAUGUUGCCUAAAUGUAAUAUGUAGCCUAAAUGUAAUAUCUUUCUUAUUUUGUAAUCAAUUUUUAUUACUGAGAUGAUUUUUGUUCUCACGAAUAAAUAAUGCAUAACUUGAAGAAAAUUAACAAAGCCUGAUGAACAAAAGGUGCAUAUUGAAUAUCAUGCAAAUUCUGAUUUGCAUUUUUUAUUUAUGUUUAGUUAAUUUUAGUAUUUCAAAACCUUGUACACUUGUAACAGUUUAACCAACAUGAAGUUCUCAAAAAAAUAUGUAUUUCGUAAAAUAUCUUACAUCAAAUCACGUGUAUGUUAUAAGUGGCCCCUCAUUUUAUUACGCAACAGUUAAGACUUAAGUUAACUCUUUGAAAAAGAGUGGAUUUUAGUCAACCACAGGCCCAAUUCUUUUAAACAAUUUAAUAUUAAUACCUAAUUAAAAUCAGUCACCACUACACUUCUUUUAAAUAUGUAUUAAUGUGCGUUUCCACUACAGCGGAGAUUACAACUUGUGUAUUAACAUUUCAUUGUACCAAUGUUGAUAGCUAAAUUACCUGAAGUAGCUUGAUUAAUACAAAUAAGAAACAGUACUUUUUAAUGGAAAGAAAUGUUUUAAUUACUUCGGCUAAUUUUGCCGUCAAACUAUUGAAUUAAUUUAAAUGAAUUGAAAUGUUAGCACACGACUUUUUACCUUCGCCUCGUUAGUGGUAACUCACCUUAGGCUAAGUGUAUUUUCAUGUAGAAUCUAGUCUAUGAUCUCUGCAAUAAUGUGGUCUAUGGUCGCUCUCAGUGGCCUCGCUUCCUAAUAUUCUGUCCUCUAGGGUAAGCUUGUAAAAUAUAGUAGAAUAGAUUAGUAAAGGGUUUUAUUUAGUGACUAGUGACAAAAUUUAAUACUUUGUGUGUCCAAAUAAACAGAAAUGUAAUUUUUA